AUGGCUGAGAUCCGUCGCAAACUCGUCAUUGUCGGCGAUGGUGCCUGCGGAAAGACUUGCUUGUUGAUUGUCUUUUCCAAGGGUACCUUCCCUGAGGUCUACGUUCCCACCGUCUUCGAGAACUACGUUGCCGAUGUCGAGGUCGAUGGAAAGCACGUGGAACUUGCCCUAUGGGAUACGGCUGGUCAGGAAGACUACGACAGACUGCGCCCUCUCUCAUACCCUGACUCUCAUGUCAUCCUCAUCUGCUUCGCCGUCGACUCGCCUGACUCUCUUGACAACGUCCAAGAGAAGUGGAUUUCCGAAGUCCUUCAUUUCUGCCAAGGCCUACCUAUCAUCCUGGUUGGCUGCAAGAGCGAUCUCCGCCACGAUCCUAAGACUAUCGAGGAGCUCGGAAAGACUUCUCAGAAGCCUGUUGGCCCCGAGCAGGGCGAGGAAGUCCGCAAGAAGAUCGGUGCCUACAAAUAUCUCGAAUGCUCGGCCAAGACCAAUCACGGUGUGCGCGAGGUGUUCGAGUCGGCCACGCGUGCUGCUCUUCUGACCCGCAAGGGCGGCAAGAGCAAGAAGUGCUUGAUUUUGUAA